GACCAUCACCACCAAACCAACCAACAACAACCUCAACUCACCAAAGAUAUACCAAUUAACAAACGAUGUACCAUCAAAACCAGAGACCCAGCUCACACCAAGAACUCAUCCCAUCAUCAUCCACAUCACCAUCACCAUCACCAUCCAGAAACCAACAACAACAACCCCAACAACAACAGCUACGAAACAAAGAACAGAAACAACAUGCUUUCGGCGCCGAUUCUGAUGAUGAUGAUGAGGAGGAGAACAAUAACAACAACAACAACAACAACAGCGAUAGCGAUGAAGACGAUGGCCUCGGGUUCCAAGUCUACAAAGAUCAAGCUUCGACUCCUCGUUAUCUUAAUGUAAACACAGGGCCCCCUACCCCGAGCAGUGCUCAAUCGAAUAACAUGACGGCGAUGCAACAACAGACGAAGAGAGGAGGAGGAGGAGUUGCAGGAAGCAUGAUGACCGGGACGACGAAUCGGGGGCCACCAUCGUACCGAUAUCCGCCCGAAGACUCGCAACAACACUCGACGAUGCAUUCGCAAAUCUCGCCGACGACGAUGACCUACAAGCCCUCGCCCUCGGAUCUGGUCCAGAUGCCCGCCCUCGGCUCCGACUGGACCAAGGACGAGUCCAAGCGCGACAAGGAUUGGGAGGGCAAGGACACCCUGAUCGAUAAGACGAAAUGGCUCGACCGCAAACAGAAGAUCCGCAGUAAGAAGCAGGUCGUCGAUAGUCAGUUCCGCGACUUCCUUGCCGGAAGAAGACGGCUUGGGGGCUGGUUCACAAGGGUCAUGGCGCUCGUCUUGCUGCUCUUUUCACUCUUACUGGCGGUCCUAUUGAUCUACUUCCUAGUACCAAGGGUUCCGGAAGUAGCCUACAACAACGAGACGACGUUUACCGGCGACAGCGCAAAUGGACUCAGUUUCCAAACCCUUGAACCCGUCAGGUUCGAGUUCAACGGGAAAAUCAACCUGGCAAUGACCGCCAAAAGCUCCUAUGUUCAGCCCAAAACGAGCAUCAUUACCGUCAUCAUCAAGGACUUGUCGUCGGCCGGCAACCCCGUCGAGGUCGCCAGAGGCUCGAACUCGGACUCUCUUAGUAUCAGUAAUAAGGAGUACACGCCGUUCUCUGUCGACCUUAAUUUCCGUUACUCGGCAAAUUCGAGUAAGGAUCCGGUGUGGACAGCAUGGCACGAAGCAUGCGGCCACAAAUGGCCCGGGAAAGAAGACCGGCCCAAGCUCCAAAUCGGGAUCAUUGUCUUGUGGUCGCUCAAAGGUCGCGCCGGAACGUUCGAGGAACGCACAAUCUUGAACGACUUUAUGUGUCCCGUCGAGCUUCCAGCUAGUGCUGCUUGAUCUUUUUAUUCCUUACCCUUAUUAUUUGGUUUUCUUCUUGGUUUGGAUUGGUAUUUAAACUCAGUUAUUUGUUCUUCAUUUUAUUUAUAUGUAUACACACACACACACACUCAAAUCUAUCAACAACUUCCUUGCUUCCUUCUCUCUCUUUGUCAUUUCUUUUAUUUCCAUGGUUCAACCAUUGGGAACUUAUUUUUUUAUAACUAUACCCCCCCCCCCCAUUUAUCCCUUUUUGCCUCUCAUACAAUUGUUUUCUUUUUUAUUAACAACCAAAAAACUAACAAAAAAACCCAAAGCAAACUAUUUCUCUUUCUAUCUAUUCUUUAACUUAAUUCUCAAUUCCUUUUGUUGGUUUAUCUUUAUUUUUUUUAUCCUUAUCAAACCCAAUCAAUCAUGAUCCCAUUUUCUUAUUUUAUUUUCUUUUUGUCGUGUGGCAUCUGAUGAUCAUGAUGACUUUCACAACUUCACCUCAUCUGUUUUCUUUCCUUUCCAAAUCCUCUAAAAUUUUUUAUUAUUCUAAGAGAGGUUUUUUCUUUAGUUUUGCUUCCUAUGCAAUAUUUAUUAGUGAUCUGUAGUUAUUAUUACACAACAAAUUUAGCAAUCACAAACUCAUUUCUUGUUUGUUGUAUCGCAUAUUAUAGCAUCAAGAUCAUACACACACCAAUUGCUUACAUGUGUACUCCUAAGCGAUGCAUUUUUUGAAUCAACU